CUUCGUUCAUUUCAAACCGCCCAACGUUCUUCUCUUUUGGCUAAACGUGUUUUCGGUAAUGCUCGUACUUACGCUACCGCUGAACCAACUUUAAAAGCUCGUUUAGAAGAACUCUUACCAGAAAAAUUGGAAGAAAAGAAACAAUUGUUGAAAGAACAUGGUAAAACCGUUAUUGGUGAAGUUUUAUUGGAACAAGCCUACGGUGGUAUGCGUGGUAUUAAAGGUUUAGUCUGGGAAGGUUCUGUUUUGGAUCCAAUUGAAGGGAUCAGAUUCAGAGGCCGUACCAUUCCAGAUAUUCAACAACAAUUACCAAAAGCCCCUGGUGGAAAUGAACCAUUACCAGAAGCUUUAUUCUGGUUAUUAUUAACUGGGGAAGUUCCAUCUGACGCUCAAACUAAAGCCUUCAGUGAAGAAUUGGCUGCUAGAUCCGCUUUACCAAAACACGUUGAAGAAUUGAUUGACCGUUCUCCAAGCCACUUACAUCCAAUGGCUCAAUUUUCAAUUGCCAUUACUGCUUUGGAAUCCGAAUCUCAAUUUGCUAAAGCUUAUGCUAAAGGUGCUCAUAAAUCCGAUUACUGGAAAUACACUUACGAAGAUUCUAUUGAAUUAUUAGCUAAAUUACCAAAUAUCGCUGCUAGAAUUUAUAGAAAUGUCUUUAAAGAUGGUAAAUUAGGUGCCGUUUCUCCAAACUUGGAUUAUGGUGCUAAUUUGGCUUCCUUAUUAGGUUAUGGUGAAAAUAAAGAAUUCUUGGAAUUAAUCAGAUUAUACUUGACCAUUCACUCUGAUCACGAAGGUGGUAACGUUUCUGCUCACACCACCCAUUUGGUUGGUUCUGCCUUAUCUUCUCCUUUCCUUUCCUUGGCCGCCGGUCUUAACGGUUUAGCCGGUCCUUUACACGGUCGUGCUAAUCAAGAAGUUUUGGAAUGGUUAUUCAAAUUAAAAGAUGACUUGAAAGGUGACCACUCUAAAGAAGCUAUUGAAAAAUACUUAUGGGAUACCCUUAACAGUGGACGUGUUGUUCCUGGUUACGGUCAUGCUGUCUUAAGAAAAACUGAUCCAAGAUAUACCGCUCAAAGAGAAUUUGCCUUAAAACACAUGCCUGAUUACGAUUUAUUCACUUUGGUUUCUAAUAUUUACGAAGUCGCUCCUGGUGUCUUAACCAAACACGGUAAAACUAAAAACCCAUGGCCAAAUGUGGAUUCCCACUCUGGUGUCUUAUUACAAUACUACGGUUUAACUGAAGAAUCCUUCUAUACCGUUUUAUUCGGUGUUGCCAGAGCCUUUGGUGUCUUACCUCAAUUAAUCUUGGAUAGAGGUUUGGGUUUACCAAUUGAAAGACCAAAAUCUUUCUCCACUGAAAAAUACAUUGAAUUAGUUAAAAACAUU